AUGGCAUAUAACAAAGAAAGGACAGAAGAGGCGGCCAAUAGUAUCAAAAAAAAGUCGAAUGGCACCGAAAUUCGGGUUGAUUCUCCAGGCCUCAUCAUCUCAACUUCUCGUGGCAUCAUACCUCACCUCACGCAAGAUCAUGUAGCGCAGAUGAAUGCGAUCAAAUGGGUACACGUGCCUUUCGAAACAUUUUUAGAACGUGAUCCGCCUUUACCGACAAUUGUUAAAGGAGAGAAGCCGCUGCAAACGUUAAUUGGCUUGCAAGAUGACCGACAUGUUUUGUCAAUGUCACUUCGAGAUCCGCACGAUGCGCGAGAAAUGCCUCCUAACGGAAAUAAGUUUGCCAAUGCCAACUGUAUUAGAGGUGUCCGGAAGAUGCGCCCGGAACAAUAUAGAUUUCUCAUACAAAGUUGCAACCCCGAUCUCGUUAUCGCACUUUCCGAUAUCCCAUUCACCCCUCCUCCCUUCUCCCAGAGACGCAUCACAAAGAGUCUCGAGAGGUCGACCUCAUGGCUCGCGUCUCUUCUUUAUCCAACCCCUGGUGUAAUGGCUAAUCGGCAACAUCCAUCAAAUAUAUUCGUGCAUAUGGUCGGAGACGUCAACGACUCUGCAAGACGUGCAUUCGCCAGCUCCCUCAAGGAAACACUGUAUGGAAAAGAAGCGGAACAAAUAAAAACAUUCAAAUGCUUGGACGAUGCUGUUCUGGGAUAUGUCUUUGACCUCGUACCUCUACGAACUUCGUUACUCGCUUCCGGUAAGCCGGCGGUAGACGAAGACCGCCCAGUUCCCAUUCUGAUUCGGCAGACAAAUGACUUCAAGCCCUUGACGGAGCCACGCUCGGAGGAGAUUGUCCCGCGGGUAGAAGAUCUACUGCAUUCGUCGCUUGACCCGCUAUCGCCGGAGAAGCCGCGACUUGUCACUGGUACUUCGUCGCCCCAUGAAGUACUUUAUCUCAUCCGAGAUGUUGGCAUCGAUUUAUUCGACGCUGCAUGGGCUCAAAAGGCAGCCGACUGGGGUGUUGCUCUAGAUUUCGUUUUCCCUGUUCCUAAAGAAAGGAACAUGGGAGGCGGGACCGUACGCGAGGACGGCAAGCGCGACCUCGGGCAUAACCUCUAUUCCGCUCAAUACGCGGUGGACUUCAGUCGACUUUCAGAUUGCUUUGUUGACGGUGCUUCCCAGACGGACAAUGCGAUACAUACUUGCUCAUGUAUUGCUUGCUCGCCGACUCCUCCACCAUCACAGCUUGUUCAUGCAUCCGUAGAUGUCCUUAUGCGUGAUCCUCUUGGUAAUGGUGAAGGACAACAAACCGUACAGUACGACCCGCCAAUUUCUCGUGCAUAUAUUCACCAUCUUCUGCAUACGCACGAAAUGUCCGCACACGCCCUACUCGCAGCGCAUAACCUCGCGAUAACCGACGCCUUCUUCAAGGCGAUACGCAUUAUGCUCGCAAGAGGCUCCUCCCAUGCGCAUGACACGCAUGUACACACCCACAAGGUCGAACGAUUUUGUGCCACCUAUGAUGGAGCUCUACGCAUCUUCGGUGAAGCCAAACGCGACUGGAUUGCCGUCGACCAUGCACGAGGCAAAGGGCGACUUGCACGCGAGAAAGCUAAACAAGGGGAAGAGAAUCUCGGAACGAAGCCGGAAAUCAUAGCCGAGACGGACGAGGCUGGAAACUAA